CGACUGCGAAAACGAAAGUUGGCGGCUCGGCGGAGAAACGAAACUUGUCCGGGCGGGACUCGGCGGGAAGAGCGGGCGCUGCAGGUGCAGGUGCCCGGUCACUCGAGAGAAGAGAAGUGCAGGUCCCUCCAGUCCCUGAUGCAGAGGAAGAGGUGAAGGGAGAAGGUACUGCUGGGCCUCCUUCCACCAAAACCACCUGAAACAAAGGAGACAGAGGGCGAGGCACUGAUGGACACAGCAAGAGCCCUGCCCAACACCACACCUGACACUGCUGGUGGAUCUCCCAGCUCUGCUGAGACACAGAAGGAGGAAGAGGGAUCCUCGCUGCUGGAGGAUGUCACAGCUACAGGGAACCAUGCAGAGCCCUCGGCUCAGCGCGGGGCUGGUGACUCUGCUGAGGUGGCUUCUCCACUGAGGAAGAAAAGGAAGAAGACUAAAGAAAAUAAGUCCAUCUCUGGGGAAGAGGACUCUCUGCCUACUCAAAGCACAGCACCAGUUCAAACCACAGAGUUGCCUGACACAGGUGUUACUCCUCAAGAAAUCCAAUCCCCUGGAGGUGAGGGAGCAAGCCCAGGUGCUGAUGGACAUGCUGAUGCCAGUGGAGACACACCUGGAGGUGACAGGGAUUUGGCACACCUGGGGAAGGAAGCUGGCAGCCUGGAGGCUGAAGAGAGGCUGAGUCCUGCAGAGCAGAGCAGCACAGUCAGGGCGGCUGCCCCAGCUCCCAGCACUGCAGCCCCUGGGGAAAAGGCGGGGGAUGGAGCAACCCCAGAACACGGAGGAACAGCCAGAGGUGAUGUGGAACGGGACAGUGGUGCCCCUGGCCAGCUGCCAGCAGCCACAGCAGGUUCUCAGACCCGGGGCAGCAGCAAGGAGCGGCUGUCAGCAGGGCAGGGGGCGAUUCCCUCUGCCGGGGGAGCAGUCCCUAGCAGUCCCAGGCUGCCUCCUGCCAAGGGAGCCCCCCAAAGCAAGCCUGAGGCCAAAACCUCCCCUGGGGCUCUGAGCCUGCAGGCUGGGAAGGAGCCCAAGCAGAAAGGGACCAGUUCCACUGUCAAGAAUGCAAACACAAAAGAGAAAAAUCAGACCCCAGGUGAGAAAAUGCCCAGUGUGAGUGAGAAGACAAGUCCAAGCCAAGGAGCCAAGGCUGCCAGGAAGGAGGGUGCUGUGGCUGCAGCAGACAGCCCCAAGAACAAAAAGGAACAAAGGAACCAGAAACCAGUGGAAAAUAUUAAAGAAAGUUCUGUGAGCCGCAAUGAGGGUGUUACAGUGCAUUUCCAUGCAAUAUUAUCCAAAGACUUCAAGCUCAACCCCAAUACCCAUAAAGUGUUCAUCAGGGCUCAGGGCAUUCCUUCCUACGCCAACUGGAAGGACAACAUCUGUGAGCUGAACUGCACCAGGCAUCUGGAAGAACAUGGAUACCUCAUUGAAGGUGCUGUAACUCUCAGCAGAGAAAUCCUGGAUGAAUACAUUCCUUACAAGUACUGGGUGUUCUGUGGGAAGGGGGAGUACGAGUUCAUUUACAAGAAUUCAGAAUCCAGUCAAUACGUGAAUCGCUGCUUAUUGAUAAACAGCACACUUCUCAACAAUGGAGAGUGGCACCAGUACGAUGACAUCGUGUGUGCAAAACCUUCCAAGUUCAAAAACUUUCGGCAGAUCUUUACUUUUGAUAAAAACAAGGAAGUGGUGGAAGGGAAGAAAAUAGCUGCCAAUAUUAUGUUAGAAAGUAUCUUCAGCAUUCUUGGAACCUGGAGUCCUGACAAUCUGAGGAAUUUCUUCUGCCAGCUGAAGCAGUUCCAUUAUGUUGCAGUAGCCCAGCGGGUGUUUGAAGGCAAGGCAAUGCCAUGGAGAGAGUUAAACUUUGGCACAGAGCAGGUGAAUGAUUUGCUGCUAAAAUACAUGCAGAAAAUAGCUCUCCCUUUCCUUGCACCAGAAGCAGCUCCAGAAGACAGAAUCAUCCAAAGCAAACUGGCUGUGGGGCUCACCAUUCUUGUGGUAGUUGAGAACCAUUCACUUGCAGUACCUAAAAGUGACCUGGCUGAGCUGUGCAGCCUCUUGUGCUUGGAUCAGGUGUCACCACAAGAUGUACAGGAUGAGAUUCAUCACAUCAAACAGGCUUUUGCAGGAGUUACCAACUUGAAGGUCGACCUGACAAACUUGUGCCAGAGGUGCAUUGAAUGUGACAUAGACCAGUGGGUGUGGGUCCUUCCCCUUCUGCAUUCCUUUGCUGCUCCCCUGCAGCAGCAGCAGCACGGGCUGGUGGAGGAGGAUGCCUGGGCAGGGCUGGAAGGACUUCCAUUUGCUGAAAUCAGGAGGAAGCAAGAUGCAGGCACCCUGCUGGAAAGAAUGAGAGAAAAGAAGCACUUGGUGGAAUUUGAUGGGACUCUGGUCAAGUCCUGGUUCUGUGUGCUGCCCCUGGGGAGCCUGGCUGAGUUCAUAAGAGACUUCUCCAGUGACCUGUUAGUUACUCUUCAAGGUGUUCUGUACAGGUUGGAGAAUGUUGACCUCUCGUGGAGAAGCUCUCAGGUAGAGAAGAUUCUAAACACAGUGCUGCAUGCCUUGGAUGAGCCCCCAGCCAGAGCUCUGGGGGCUCCUUCUUGGCGGUGCUGCUUGUCCUGCUGCCUCAGGCUGCACGAGAGGCUCUGCAAGGCUACCAGGACAGUGAGGUUGUUCCUGAUCCCUGCCACUGCUGCCACCCUGAUUGCCAAGGUUGCCCAGCUUCAGCCCCCAGCAGUUCCAGGGGAUGCUGUGCAGGAAGUUCCAAAGCUGCUCAGUGGAGCUCUGAGGGAAGCUCAAACCUGGUUCAGAAACGUUUUAAAAGAGAAAUUACUGAAGGAGUACCUGGACCACGUGGCCUUCUCUUUGUUCUUUGAACUUCGGGCCUGGAAUAAGUUUGUGACUAUCAGCUUUCCAGAUGAGCAGUUCACCCAGACGUGGAGGAACACUUUACUUGCAGAUCUGAAGAAAAGAAUCCAGCAGGAGCCUCCAGUGAACCAAAUCUUGGUGUACUGCUGUCAGCACCACCACAUCACAGAGAUGGACUCCUCCAUCAGCUGGUGCUUCCAGAACUGUGCUGUAGAGGCUGUACCUGCAGCUUGCCAGAUGCAGAGCAAUCUCCUGGAGCAGAUCUCUGCCUACAACAUGGGCCAGUUCAGCCAGCUCGUGUCUGCUGUCAUAGUGAAGUCGUGGCCAGUCAGGGCUGGGCAGUCUGAGGACAAUUUUGAUACGAUUCUGCACCACCUGCUCACGUGGCCUGACAUCAAACAAAUCUUCAGCUUUAAUGGUGGGUCUAUGCAGAGCAAUCUCCUGGAGCAGAUCUCUGCCUACAACAUGGGCCAGUUCAGCCAGCUCGUGUCUGCUGUCAUAGUGAAGUCGUGGCCAGUCAGGGCUGGGCAGUCUGAGGACAAUUUUGAUACGAUUCUGCACCACCUGCUCACGUGGCCUGACAUCAAACAAAUCUUCAGCUUUAAUGGAACAAACAGAAACCUGCUGGACAAGCUCACAGAUGAAGCAAAGGAUGUCAUGGCCAUAGCAGAGUCUGUGCUUACGAGUGUCACCGACGACAUGCACAGCGGCUGCAUCCUUGUGAAACACCUGGAGGAGGUUUUCCAGCACGAGGAACAGUUCCUCUGCAUUUGGGAGACAAAGCACCAGCAACGACCAAGGGAGGAAAAGGAACUGCUCCAGAGAAGCCUGAAAGAACUGCUGGCAUUGAGGCAUGAAGAAGUCACACAGCUCAGAAGAGAGGAAAAAGCAGUGGGAACCUUCCUGAGCAUGUGCAGGAAGGUGCAGAAGUCUGUGAGAGUGAAUGUAGGUGAAGUGGAAUUUCAACACUCAAAAGAUCUUCGCUCAAAAAGACUGAAUCAAGUGGUGGUGGUGGGAAGGAAGCCCCUGCAGACCUUCUACAGCCUGAGCCCAGAGCUGAAAGAGUUUGUCCACAAAAUGCAUGCUUUUAAGGACAGCGUGAUACUCCAGCAGUUCUGGGAGGAAGCAGCACAGAAGGCAGGAGAGAAGUAUGUGAGUGACAGUCCAGAGGAGGAUGAGGAUGAGGAGGACGAGGAGGAGAUUGCUCCUGAGCUGGACCUUGAUGAUGUUUUGAACAGCAUGAUCCGCCCUUGCUUUGACAGCUAUGUGAUGCUGUAUGAUGAUCUCAGAUCAGGAAAUCUCACACUUUCUGCAGUGGAUAGAAUUUUCCAGGAGUUCACAAAUCAUCCUGAAGAUCUCAGGGCGGAGCUGAACACCAUCUGUGGGCUUUGGCCUGCAGAGGACAGAGGCUGGGUUGACCAGCGAGUCCAGCAGAUCCAGCAAUACCAUGAAAUGCAUUUAACCUUUGAUGCUGCCAAGAUCAUUGCCCAUGUCAAAGAGAGUUUAGGCCUCUCUGGUGACUUCAGUAUCCUGGAAAACUUGUUGCAUAUAACAGAAAAGCUUGAAUCCUACAAGACCCAGAAGCUGGAUUCCAUCAGCCCUGAGCUUGUGCAAGCCAAGAAGCUGCUGCAGGGGAUCACUGUGCCCCGCCGUGGCUGUCUGAGGGAGCUGGCCCAGCAGAAGGAGUUUGUCUGCUGGGUCAGAGAAGCACUGAAAGACAUAAAUGAGCUGAAGGUGUUUGUUGACCUGGCCUCCAUCUCGGCGGGGGAGAACGACAUGGACGUGGACCGUGUGGCCUGUUUCCACGGCGCUGUGCACGGCUACUCCUCCCUGCUCUACGAGCUCCGCCAGGACUCGGGCUUCAAGGACUUCAUGAGCUGCUUGCCAAAGCUGUGGCGAGCCCUGGACAGCGAUGAGACCCUCCCUGAGAAACUGCGCGCCUCGGCUCAGCACCUGGAGUGGCUGAAGACAGUGAAGGAGAGCCAUGGCUCUGUGGAGCUGUCCUCACUGUCCCUGGCAGCUGCCAUCAACAGCAGAGGGGUCUAUGUGCUGAGGGCACCAGCUGAUGGCCAAAAGGUCUCCUUGGACAGUGUCGUGCGCUUCACCCUCCCAGGGAGCUCGGGGGACACUGAGGCCUCCUGGAAGUACUCGCUGGCAGAGCUCCGUGAGCUGCAGAACAAACUGAUGCUCAUGUCAGCCAAGGGAGAGCAAGGUCUGGAGGUGGAGAGGUUCUCUGAGGUCUUUUCCAAUGUCCAGAGACUUGCCCAGGCCUUUAUAGACCUUCACUCAGCUGGGAACAUGCUUUUCCGCUCCUGGCUCGCCCAGGUGUAUUGUUCACCCCACAAAGAAUCCUGUGUUUUUAUAGACUUCUCCCUGGGCCCCAUCCCAGUGCUGGAAGGGCAAGGGGAUAUGGCAGCUGUGCUCCCAGCCCUCUGCAAGACCAUGGAGAGCUUCCUGGAGAGUUGGAAAAGCUUCAUGAAUGCCAAGCGAUGUGAGCAUUUCUAUCUGAACUACUACAGUGCGGAGCAGCUGGUGUACCUGUGCUCAGAGCUGGGCCAGGGCAGCCCCAGCCAGGCUGCCCUCAUGAUGCUCUCCUUCCUCAACCCCCACUGCACUGAGCAGGGCGUCCUCACAGCCCUUGGGAGCCAGGGGCCUCCCAGCUCAGGCCAGGCUGUUUCUGACUUCCAAGUGCUGCUGGAUGGGGAGAGGGACCUGAGCGCCCGGCUGGAGCGCAUCUGGGAGUGCUACAUGAGCAACAUGGGCUCCUUCCUCCCCAACUGCCUGGACAUGGACACACUGGGCGUGUGGCUGAAGAACCUGGCCAGCAGUGGCAGGGAAUCUGUCACCAGAGACUUCCCUGACGACCUGCUCUGUGUGGGCCAGCCCAACCUCAUCACCUGCCCUCGCUCUGAGGUGCUCAGCUCUGCCCUGGCCAUUUACAUGAACAGCCCCAAGGAGCCCCUUCCCACCUUCGAUGAGGUGCUGCUGUGCACGCCCCAGACCAGUGCAGAGCAGGUGGGGCUGUUCCUGCGCCGGUGCCUCAUUCCCUGCCAGGGAGGGAACAAGAUCUACACGAUGCUUUAUGCGGAUGAGCUGAGCUACGACGUCAGCUGCAGGGCAGAGGAGCUGUUCCAGCACCUGAAGUGCUACAGCAGCUCCUACAGGCUCAUCAUCCUGUGCAGCUGCGAGCGGGACACCAGCUACCUGCUCUCUGCCUUCAGCCACUACAAGGUGCACAUGAUUCCCCAGAGGUCACAGGAAGAUAUCCAGCAGUACCUGCAGCACCACUUCCGAGUGGCUCAGCCCUCUGACUCGGCUGCGGCCGUGUUCAAGGAGCACAUGUGUGUUGGGAUUGUGUCCUCCAAAAGAGCUGGCAUGGGGAAAUCUCUAUAUGUGAAGAGGCUGCAUGAGAGACUGCAAAAAGAUCAGCCUGACUGCACAGAACUUCUGAAAACCGUCAGACUGAUUGAACCAGAAGUGGAUGAAGAUAAAGUGCUAAAAUCUCUCCUGCCUUUUCUGGAGAGAGAACACCAGACAAAGCCCAUGAUAUUCCAUUUUGAUAUCACCUCCUCAGUGCAGCGUGGAGUUCCAGAGUUUCUCUUCAAGCUGUUGGUUUUGCAGUACCUGACAGAUAAUAAUGGCAACAUGUGGCUACGGCAGAAGUGUCAUCUGUACAUCAUUGAAAUCCUGGAGGGCUCCCCAGUGCCAAAGACAGCAGCCAGACCUAUGUCAGUGGGCCAAAAGUAUCACUUCUUGGAUGUGUUUCCUAAAAUAACGUGCAAGUCUCCCAAAGAAGUGCUAGAAAUGGAGACACUUGGGAACGGUUCUGGGGAUGUGGGAAUGGACAAGGAGGAAUUCUGCAGUGAGGCUUUCCAGAGACCCUUCCAGUACCUGAAGAGGUUUGACCAGGGCUGUGACCUGGACAUGUUCUGGUACGAGGCGCUCUCGGUGGAAGGCAGCCCUGCAGAAUGUCUGCAGCUCUUCCUCCUGCACUGCGGGGUCGUGGAUCCCUCCUGGGCAGAGCUCCGCAACUUCACCUGGUUCCUCAAUAUUCAGCUGAGAGACUGCGAAGCCUCUGUCUUCUGCAACCCUGACUUUGUCCGGGACACUUUGAAUGGCUUCAAGAACUUUGUGGUUGGCUUCAUGAUUUUAAUGGCGCGGGAUUUUGCGACGCCCUCCCUGAGCAUUUCCGACCAGAGUUCAGGAAGACGAUCCUCCCACCUGGAGAAUGUCUCCGAGGAAGAUCUGCUUCCUUUCCGCAUCAGGAAGAAGUGGGAGUCAGAGCCUCAUCCCUACCUGUUUUUCAAUGAGGAUCGUGUGUCCAUGACAUUCAUUGGUUUCCACUUCCAGCAGACCGGGAAUCGCAUUGAUGCCAUCAAUCCUCUGAAUGGGAAUGUCAUCAAGAAGAACAUCAUGACUGCCCAGCUGUACCAGGGCUUGUUACUGCAGAGGGUUCCCUUCAACGUGCCCUUUGAUCAGCUGCCCCGCAAGGAGAAGCUCGAGAGGCUCUGCAUGGUUCUGGGGCUCCCCUGGGUGUUUGACCCCGACGAGACGUACGAGCUCACCACAGACAACAUGCUGAAAAUCUUGGCCAUCGAGAUGCGAUUCCGCUGCAACAUCCCGGUGGUCAUCAUGGGAGAAACAGGCUGUGGGAAAACCAGGCUGGUGAAGUUCCUGUGCCAGUUACGCAGAAGCUUUGUAGAGGUGGAGAACAUGAAGCUUGUCAAGGUUCAUGGAGGUACCACUGCAGAGAUGAUCUACGCCAGGAUCAGAGAAGCAGAAGCCCUGGCUAAAUCCAACAAGGAGCAGCACGGGUUGGACACCAUCCUCUUUUUCGACGAAGCCAACACGACAGAGGCCGUGAGCAGCAUCAAGGAGGUUCUGUGUGACCACACGGUGCAGGGGGAGCCUUUGGCCUCUGGCUCUGGCCUGCAGAUCAUCGCAGCCUGCAAUCCCUACCGGAAGCACACGGACAGGAUGAUCCAACGCCUGGAGCUGGCUGGGCUGGGCUACCGGGUGAAGGCCGACGACACCCGGGAGAAGUUGGGAUCCAUCCCGCUGAGGCAGCUCGUGUACCGCGUGCACGCGCUCCCGCCCAGCAUGAUCCCGCUGGUGUGGGACUUCGGGCAGCUCAACAACUGCACGGAGAAGAUGUACAUCCAGCAGAUCGUGCAGCGCGUGGCGGAGCAGCUGCCCAUGGCCAAGGACGAGGUGAGGAUGGUCACAGAGGUGCUCUUUGCCUCCCAGCAGUACAUGAGGCAGAGGGACGACGAGUGCAGCUUCGUCAGCCUGCGGGACGUGGAGCGCUGCAUGGAGGUGUUCAAGUGGUUUUGCAGGCACAGCCACCUGCUGCUGAAGGAGCUGGAGAAGUACUUGGCCGAGAGGAAAGCUCCCAAGGGCGGCAGUGACAGAAAUGGUGUCAUCUGGUCCUUGGUGCUGGCGGUCGGGGUCUGCUACCAUGCAUCCCUGGAAAGGAAGGAGCCGUACAGGACUGCCAUCAGCCAGGUCCUCCCAAAGCCUUACGAUACCCAGAAAAAGAUUUUGGAAGAAAUCACCCUGAUGCAAGACUUAUUCUUGAGUGGGGUGCCACUCCGGGAUACCAUAGCAAGGAACUUGGCCUUGAAGGAAAAUGUCUUCAUGAUGGUCAUCUGUAUUGAGCUGAAAAUCCCUCUUUUUCUGGUUGGGAAGCCUGGGAGCUCCAAAUCCCUGGCAAAAACCAUCGUGGCUGAUGCUAUGCAGGGCCAAGCAGCUCAUUCUGAUCUGUUCAAGGACCUGAAGCAGAUCCAUCUUGUGUCUUUUCAGUGCAGCCCUCUCUCCACUCCAGAGGGAAUCAUAGGCACUUUUAAGCACUGUGCUCGAUUCCAGGAAGGGAAGAACUUGGAGGAGUAUGUAUCAGUGGUGGUUUUGGAUGAGAUUGGGCUGGCAGAAGACUCUCCCAAAAUGCCAUUGAAGACUUUGCAUCCACUUUUGGAGGAUGGCUGCAUAGAUGAUGUCCCUCUUCCUCACAAAAAGGUUGGCUUCAUUGGGAUUUCCAACUGGGCUUUGGACCCUGCUAAGAUGAAUCGAGGCAUCUUUGUGUCUCGUGGAGACCCCAGCAGAGAGGAGCUCAUCGAGAGCGCGAAGGGCAUUUGCUGCUCGGCACGAGGGGCUCUGCAGAAGGUCGAACAGUAUUUCCAUCACUUUGCAGAUGCAUAUGAAAACAUUUGCAAGGCCCAAGACAGGGAGUUCUUUGGCCUGCGUGACUACUACAGCCUCAUAAAGAUGUUUUUUGCCUUAGCUAAGAGCUCCAAAAGCGAGCCCACACCUCAGGACAUCGCUGCAGUGGUUCUUCGUAACUUCGGUGGCAAAGAUGAUGUCAAUGCCUUGGAAAUAUUCACUUCCAAGUUGUUACAAAAAGGGGAGAUACGUGCUCACGACAUCAGUAGGAUAGAGUUGAUCCGGCAGAACAUUUACAGCAGUGCUGAGGAUGGGGACUGCAGGUACCUGCUUGUGUUGACUGAGAACUAUGCUGCGCUGCAGAUCCUCCAGCAGGCUUUUUUCACUGCCCGACAGCAGCCAGAAAUCAUCUUUGGCUCCAGUUUUCCUAAGGACCAAGAAUACACCCAGAUAUGCAGGAACAUCAACCGGGUGAAGGUCUGCAUGGAAACUGGCCAGAUGGUUGUGCUCCUUAACUUGCAGAACCUCUACGAGAGCCUCUAUGAUGCCCUCAACCAGUACUAUGUGUACCUAGCCGGGCAGAAGUAUGUGGAUUUGGGGCUGGGCACGCACCGGGUGAAGUGCCGGGUGCACCCCAAGUUCCGCCUGAUCGUCAUCGAGGAGAAGGAGGUGGUGUACAAGCACUUCCCCAUCCCGCUGAUCAACCGGCUGGAGAAGCACUACCUGGACAUCAGCACCGUGCUGGACAAGGGCCAGAGGGAGGCCGUGCAGGACCUGGAGCGGUGGGUGCAGGAGUUCACGGCCGUCAACACAGAGGAGCACUUCAUCAGCCAGCAGCGGUACCGCCCCGCAGACGUGUUCGUGGGCUACCACGCCGACACCUGCGCCUCGCUGGUGCUGCAGGGCACGCAGCGCCUGCGCCCGGCCUGUGCCCCCGCCGAGCUCCUGCCCCGCGUCACCGAGCAGGCGCGGCUGGCCCUGCUCAACUGUGCCACCCCCGACGCCGUCAUCCGCCUCCGCAACUCCAUGGGGGAGUUCAUGGCGCACUCCCUGGCCCACACCUACUUCAGGCAGCAGCAGCACACCUCCUUCGCCGACUUCCUGGGCGCCCACGUGCGUGCAGAGGCCGGGCCCCAGACUGCCUUCACCGAGCAGUUUGACACGGAGUACUCCUUUCUGAAGGGCAUCCGGGAUUUCCUGGAUUCCACUUCAGGAAAUAAAGUCCUCAUUAUUCAGACAGAUUUUGAAGAUGGCUCUCAGAAUGCCCAGCUCAUCGCCUCAGCCAAGUACACCAUUCAUUACUACAAAUUUAGGUCAUCAACAGAGCAGGAGGAGAUGGAGGUUGGAACACCAGUGCCAGGAGCAGAGCACCAGGAGGGGGAGAUCCUGGACACCACGGUGCUGCUGAGGACCUGUGUGCAGAGUGCUGUGGGCAUGCUGCGGGACCAGAACGAGGACCUGAGCCGGAGCAGGAGGCGAAUUGAGAUUCUGCUUGGCCUUUUCUCCAAAGAGGAUGAGCUGAAAGCCUCCUUCCUGAAGAUAACCAAGACUCGUCUCUCCAGCCUGUUGAAGAAGCAAGAAGAAAAUUCCCUUCACCCAAAAAACUGGGUGCUUCGGGAGGCUUCCAACCUCAGUGCUCUGCAGGAGGCAGGUACCUUCAGGCACACCCUGUGGAAGCGAGUGCAGAAGGUGGUCACUCCCUUCCUGGCUCUCCUGAUUGCUGUCAUAGACAGGAAUGGCAAUCUGGAGCUGCUGGCCAGGCCAGGACCAAAGUGGGUGACAAAGCUCUGGAUGUUCAUCUUCAGUGACUCCAAAUUCCUGUGUGUCCCUCCUGGUGUGGGGAAGAACAGCCCUCAGCCAGAGAUAAUCGUGGUGCAGAACAACAUGACAGUGUCUGCUGAUGCUGGGAAUGAGAUGCCCUUCAGCUGGAGGAUAAAGGAGUACCUGGAAGAGAUGUGGUUGGAGGCUCAGUACAUCCAAAACACUGAAGUACCCCCCAGCCCUCAGCCAGAGAUAAUCGUGGUGCAGAACAACAUGACAGUGUCUGCUGAUGCUGGGAAUGAGAUGCCCUUCAGCUGGAGGAUAAAGGAGUAUCUGGAAGAGAUGUGGUUGGAGGCUCAGUACAUCCAAAACACUGAAGGCCAUGCUGAGAAGUUUGUGGAAUACUUCCAGAAAACUGCCCUGGGAAAAUUCAUCUCUGCUCUGACUGAGGGAGAAAGGCAGAUGCUCUUCGAGUGCUACAUCACAGACUUUAUUGUCUUGACCAUCAGUGUGUCCUCCCAGGAGGAGCUGCAGUGUCUGCGUGUGGCAUUCAUGUCCUGUGUUGAGGAGUGGAUGGCAGAGUCCCCCUGGAGGAAGGAGCUGGUGCCCUCCCUGCCCUGGGCCCACCUGGCACACAACCAGUUCAAGAGCCGCCUGCAGAACUUCUCCAGGAUCCUGGCUGUGUACCCCCCUGUGACUGGCUACCUCCUGAACCAGCAAGGAUGCAGAAUUCCACGCUCUGAGAUGGUUCUGGACGUGCUGGCUGCCAUGGUGUGUGCUGAGGAGCUGGAGAAGCUGGUGCAGACAGCCUCCCCUGAGCUCUGGCUGCAGAGAGUGAAGAAAUCUGCUGUUCCCCCCAGGGUCUGCUGGAGCCGUGUGUUUGCCAUGGCACUCUUUGUGGAACACGUCCUGUUGGGCAUCCACGCCGUCAUGCCGGAAUUUGAGGGUUUGGUGAGAAAAUACACUUUGCUUCUUGCCAAGUGUUUCCAGCACGAUUCAGACAUGAAGUCUCAUCCUACCUUUGUUGCAGUGCUGACAGUGCUGUGCCAGUGCAAGAACGAGGUCAGCAGCAGGCUCUACAGGCAUGGUCUGGAGCCGUGUCCCAUCUGCCUGGGAGAGCCAAAGGACCCCAUCUGCCUGCCCUGCAACCACGUGUUCUGCCACAAGUGCAUCAGCCUGUGGCUGGUGCCAGCACAGAUGUACUGUCCCUACUGCAGGGCUGCUGUGGAGGAAGUGGAGUUAACUGUCUCUGAGGAGCUCAGAGCUGCCAUAGCAAAGAACUCCCUGUUCCGCCAGAGGUGCAAUAAUUUCUUCAUUGACAUGGUCACCACCAUGUGCUUCAAGGACAACGAGCCCCCUGAGCCAGAGGUGAUCCAGAGGCUCUUGAACCUGCUCUUUGUUCACAGAAGCCUUGUGAAAGACCCAAGUCACCCUGCUGUCUACACAAAAUUCCUGUCCCCAUUUAAUGAUGAGGUGGAUGAAACUCCCAUCAUCCGCUCUGUGAUGCUGAAGCUGCUCCUGAAGUACAGCUUCAAUGAAGUCAAAGAUGAUGUGCAGCGUUACCUGUCCCAGGUGGAGCACAACGAGCUCCUAGAGAAAAAUGACAAAAAAGAGCUCUACUUGCUUUUUGUCAACUGCUUGGAGGAUUCCAUGUGUGAGAAGUCAGAGGACAGCCUGGGAUAUGGGCAUGGAAGCAGUGUGCCUGAGGACAGAGCCUUUCCAGAGAACUACCUGGCAGCCAGCAGCAGAGGGGCUCCCCAGGAAGCCUCAGUGGAAUACCUGCAGGCUGUGGCCGAGGUGCGCCUGUGCCUGAGCAGGGCUGCAGAGCUCAUCUUCCACCUGCAGCAGCACACACAGCCAGAGCAGAUGAAGGACGAGCAGCAUUACCUGAAGAGUGUGGAGAAGUUCUGCAGGCUCGCCAGGAACGACUGGCACUGUGUGUACCUGGUCAGGAGGAUUGCCAGCCAGCACGGGAUGGAAUUUGCUCAGAAGCUGGUCGCAGAGCCACGCUUCAGCUGGGUGUUCCCAGCAGAAAUUCUGCAACAGGUCCAGCACAGCCAGUCCAACCACAUCGACCGGUACCUGGUGUGUGGGGAGCGGUCCCGGGCCCUGCGCGACGCCGUGGGACGAGCCAUGAUGGAGGGCACGGCCCAGGGGCUGCUCGAGGCCCAGGAGGCCUCCAGCAGCCCCCCAGCUCUGGAAUCUGCCCACCUGCUCCUGGCCAUCUUCCGAGAGGUCACUGCCCUGUACGGGGAUCCAAGCCUUCAUCCCAAGCAGCAGCAAAUAGAGGUGAUGACUGAGUUCAUCCAGAGCUGCCAAGUGCUGAAUUCCCCCGAGCUGCAGCAUUUUGCAGUUGCCCUGGUGAAGAACACCCUGCCCGGGCUGGCCGUGGAGCCACGGGGCCGCAGCCAGCAGGGAGCCCUGGUGGAAAUGGCUGUGCACGUGGCUGCUGUGCUGCUCUGUGGGCACAGCCCUGUCCUGCAGCCCCUCAGGAACCUGGCCUUCCAGCCACACAGCAUGCAGCACUCCUUUCUGCCCACGAUGCCCGAGGACAUGAUGGCUCAGGCGAGGACCUGGCAGGAAAUGCGUGGUCUGCACUGGUAUGAAUGUCCCAAUGGCCACUUCUGCACUGUGGGAGAGUGUGGGCUCCCCAUGGAGAUGAGCCGCUGUCCCGACUGCCACGUCCCCAUUGGAGGCACCAACCACAAACCCCUGCAGGGCUUCCAUCAGUCCAGGAUUCAUGAGGACAGAACUCAGACUGGCCACAUCCUUGGAGAUGUUAAGAACAGAAGAACACUGGGAACAUCUGACAGGGGUGUGUCCCCCAUGGUCUUUGUGCUGCUCCGUUUGCUCACCCACCUGUCCAUGCUGCUGGGAGCCUCCAGAGACCCUCAGUCCCUGGGAAGGAUGAUCAAGCCAACAGUGGAUGACGUGGUGAGCUUCCUGCAGCAGCACGUUCAGGAGGACUUGGCACAGCUGACCAGGAGUCUGGGGAAGAGUGUGGAUGACACUAUCAACAUCCUGCACCUGGUGCUCAGCAGCCUCCUGCAGGCCCCCCAGCAGCAGCCAGGCCAGUGGCUGGUGCAGUUUGAUUAUGUUCUCUCCACCAAGGAGAAGAGAAACAAAUGGGAAGAAAUUGUUGCAGACAAAAUUAUUGUUCCUGAAUUGAAGGAUUUGGAUAAAAAGCUACUCAAGUUAAACCAACUGAUACAAGAGGAUGACAGAAUCUCUUCCAACCCCAUAGUGAAGAUAGUGUAUGGGGACCCAGCUGCAUUCCUGUCCCAGCUGCCAGGGGACAGCCACGUCCACCACUCCAAGAUGUGGAGCUGCCGCAGGAGGGUUUCCGUGGAGAACCUGGGCCACGUUGUGCAGCAGAAGAAUGCCAAGGACACUGUCCCUCUGCUCUGGAAGUUCCUGCAGAAGGAAAGUGAGCUGAGGCUGGUGAAAUUCCUCCCAGAGAUUCUGGCUCUGCAGAAAGAUUUGGUGAGGCAAUUCCAGAACACAGCAGAGAUUAAACACUGCUCCAUCAGGGAAUUCCUCAGGGAACCCCACUCAGAUGUGAUGAGGGACCUGUUAGACAGGAGAGUGAAUGUGUUUCUGUCUGUCUGGAACAAGCUGAGAAGCUCCCUGGACACCAAUGGGGAAAUCAAGCUGCCUAAAGGCUACUGUGAUGCCGAGCUGAGCCUGGACAGCAGGCUGGAGGUGCUGCUGCCGCGGCGCCGGGGGCUGGGGCUGUGCUCCACGGCGCUGGCCAGUUACCUCAUCGGGCUGCACAACGACCUGGUGCACUCUGUCAACAGGCACACCAAGGAGGAUGACAGGUACCUGGUCAGCCCCUCGGAAGUGGCCGACCUGCACCUGAUCAGUUACGAGGUGGAGAGGGACCUGAUCCCUCUGAUCCUGUCCAACUGCCAGUACAGCAUGGAGAAGGGAGGGGAGACCUUGCAGGACUUUGAUCUGGAGAGGAUCCAGCAGCAAGUGAUCAGCAAGUUCCUGCAGGGGAAGCCACUCAUCACGCUGACGGGAAUUCCCACCCUGGUGCACAGACAUGACCGGAACUACGAGCAGCUGUUCAGUGAUGUCAGGAACAAGCUGGAGCAGAGUGCUCUGCCCAGUUCUGUGAUGAACAUGAUCAGUGGGGAGCUGCAGUCCUACAGUGAUGUGUGUGAUGCUCUGUCCCUCACUGAGAUUACCCUGGGCUUCCUGGCCAUUGCUGGUGAGAAUGCUGACAUGCUGCUGACUGAGUACAUUGAGCAAGUUCUGCAGAUGGGGGAUCAGACAAACCCUCAUGUGCUGCAGGCGCUCAGACGGUGCCAGCUCAGGCACAGCAUGGGCCUGUGGCAGCUCCUGUGUGCCCACAAAUCUGAGCAGCUGCUGCGCCUCGGCAGGGAUCCCUUUGCAGAUGUCAGUCCAGACUACAAAGAAGAGCUCACCCCAGAGCUUGCCAAGCUCCUGCACACCUUCCUGGUCCACUCCAGGCUGGAAACCUUCCUGCAGGAGCUCCAUGAAAUGAUCAUCCUGAAGCUGAGACGUGUCCAAGCUGUGGCUGAAUUCAAACCCACAUGGAGCCUGAAGGAAUCACUCUUGCCUUACCUUUAUGCCAAAGACUCUGAAUUAGCUCCGGAGCUGGAAGACACAUUCCCAGAUGAGAUUCUUCUGUCUCAUGCUGCUGAUACCUGGAAAGCAGCUGCUGUCUUCAAGAGGGAGCACAGGGAGGGUUAGGACAGAGCCCUGCUACGGACGGCCACAACACCCGUGUCAGGGCUUCUGGAACUCUGGGCAUUUGUUUGGGGCUUGUUGCUUGUUCUUUGGGUUUGGGGUUGUUGUUUUUACACCUGAUGUGAAAAGGAGAGCGGCCGUGGAGGAGAAGGAGGGUGAAAUAGACCCAGCAGCUCGGUGUGAACCCUGGAUCGACACAGCUCCAGAGCCACUGGAGGAACAUGAAGGAAUUUUUUUACAAACCACGGUGCCCUCGUGCUGGGGCAGGGUUGAUGCUUUCCCUUCUGCACUGGCUGCAGAACCGGCUCCUGCCCAGCGCCCCCGCUGCGGCGGGACCCGCACAGGGAGCCCUGAGGGCCGCGGCUCCUCCGCUGCCUUCAGCCCGGGCCGACUUCUCCCUUUCCCCUUCAAUAAACUCGUUCAGCUCCC